GUGUGUCAUUGAGAAACAUGGCGGCUUCCACUGGUGCUGCAAGCGCUGCUGCCUCCGACUCACAAGGUCCAGCUUCGGCCGGCCCGAGUAUGGACACAACGAUUCAGUACAGCAUGAUUCUGGAGCAUCUUAUCGGGGACAAGAGGCCCGUGAAGGACCUGAACCCCUCCGUUAUGGGGGGGCUGCCGGUGCCUCCUAAAAGCGACGAGCAGAAGAUGAUCGAGAGGGGCAUGGAGAGCUGCGCCUUCAAGGCAGUCCUGGCCUGUGUGGGAGGGUUUGUCCUCGGAGGAGCCUUCGGUGUUUUCACGGCUGGUAUCGAUACCAACGUUGGCUUCGACCCCAAGGACCCUUUGAGGACUCCAACAGCACGGGAAGUCCUCAAAGACAUGGGCCAGAGGGGGAUGUCCUACGCCAAGAACUUUGCCAUUGUGGGCGCCAUGUUCUCCUGCACAGAGUGCAUCAUAGAGUCGCACAGAGGAAAGUCUGACUGGAAGAACGCCGUGUACAGCGGCUGUGUAACCGGAGGAGCUAUUGGGUUCCGUGCCGGCCUGAAGGCGGGGGUCUUGGGAUGUGGAGGCUUUGCUGCAUUCUCCGCCGCAAUUGAAUAUUACUUGAGGUGAACUACAGAGGAGGGAGUCUGUGGACAAGAACGUGCCUGUUGCACACGUGGACAGGAGAACAAAGACUCACACUGUGAGGAAUCAACAUUGUGACUAUUUACCUGCGCACAGAGGACUGAUGUAUAUUGUUUAAGUGACAGUGACGCCACAGCAGGCUGAAGGAGACCUGUCAGUGUGUUCCAGCAUCUACGCUCUACGUUCAUCAUGUGGACAAAGAAAACCAACGUCAUGAGGAGAAUCUCCAGAACCUGAGCGCAGAGGUUCUGCUCUUCUGUGUCCGAGGCAGUGAUGAAAUGGAAAAUCAGCUUCUCUCUGAAUCGCAGCCACCUCAGCUCAGACUCAAGACACUGUUCUGACUUCAGAAUACCACCGUGAUGAUCGGCAUCGAGUCCCCUGCAGGAUUAUUUAUGUUACAGGUGUUUUUUGUUAAAUUCUUUUGGUGUACCUUUCAGGAGAAAAGAAACUAUCAAUUGUUUGAAUUCCUGUUUCAUUAAUGAAUCGUCAAGUUCUACAAACCACACUCUACACUACCUGCUCAGCACCAAACAGUCACCAGAUGCUGUACAAUGUGCCAAUAACUGUACUGACGAAGCUCUACGUUGACCCACCAUCAGUGAGAGUGGACGAUCUCGCCCAACAUGAACUAACAUUAGUUAAUACAUGUAAUUAAUUUAUGUAAUUAAAUUUAAAGUAACUUGUAAAAACAACAUGAGCAAAAGGAAUUUAUAAUUGUAUCAGAGUCUUUUACUUUUUAGAAGCUUUGGUUGCAGUUUUGACCCAAAGUAAAUAAAAUGUUUUUUUUUUUUUUUUUUUUUUACUACAGUCAGUAACCAAUUAAAGCAAAGUGAAUGCCUA